AACUACUCUGCAAAAAGUGCAGAAAGUGCAUACUUCCCUUCUCUGUCUGUGAGAAAUCUAGCUCCACCAGCUUCUAGUUAACGGUAGCACCGCGCCACCACCAUCGUCGUCGUCACCGCUACAACCGCCUAUGGCUGCCACAGACGGAAACAUCCUUCAAACGCCGAUAUUAGAUGCCGAGAGAUCAAAUCUACUCCAGAGAAUCUCUGACCAGGGCGGUUAUGCAUAUGUUACUGUGGCUACGCUGGGUGCUGCCGGUGACUUCCGAGCGGCGGAGGCAGCGCGGGAGAUGGCAUGGGAGCAGCUCCACUCGGGUCCGUGGCACUCUGUGUUGCCUGUGUGGAGGGACGCCUAUUCGAUGGCUUGUCUCCACGUCGCGGCGUUCCACCUCGGCGCCGGAGAUUUCCGGGAGGCACUUAGGGUUCUUGACAUGGGCUUGAUCAUGGGAGGAAGCCUUCUGCGUCAGGAUUUGGACGCGGCUGUGGAGAAGAUUAUGACGAAGUCCAGUGUUGCUAAGAGUCAGAAAGGAGCAACAAAAGAAGGUGGGAAAAAGGAGCUUGUUCUAAGUUGCGAGGGUCCAAACAAGGCGGAGGUGCUUCAAAUUCUGCCAACAAAGUCUCUUUCUUGUAAGAUAGUUGAGAAGAGGUCUUCUUUAUCUUUGGAGGGAUUCCUUUGUGAUUAUUUCCUAUCAGGUUCUCCGGUUAUAAUCAGAGACUGCAUGGGUCAUUGGCCUGCCAGGACAAAUUGGAAAGAAAUGGAUUAUCUCAGAAGAGUUGCAGGUGAUCGGACAGUUCCAGUUGAGGUAGGAAAGAACUAUCUGUGCUCAGAGUGGAAACAAGAACUAAUUACUUUUUCCGAGUUUCUUGAAAGGAUCCAAUCUAGUGAAUGUCCCUUUGAUGUCCCAACAUAUCUUGCUCAACAUCCAUUGUUUGAUCAGAUACAAGAGCUGCGGAGAGACAUUUUUGUCCCUGACUAUUGUUUUGCUGGUGGAGGAGAGCUCAGGUCUCUUAAUGCUUGGUUUGGACCAGCUGGGACGGUGACACCAUUGCACCAUGACCCUCACCAUAAUAUUCUUGCUCAGGCACAGGAAGUCAAGAAGAGUGGAGAAACUUCUUACAGUUUGUCUUACCUCCCAAAAAAUUUUAAGAUUCUGGUCCCUGCAGCUGCAUAGAAAGAAAGCCCUGUCUGGUGUACCAACCAUAACAAGGUAUUUGAAGAAUGAGGAUGAAAAACUCGAUUCUGCGAGUUCUGCAAUUUACAUGCUCCUUCUCAUUGGCAUUGGCAAAAGAGAAGAGGGGAGUUGUCUUGCUGCAAGUAGGGUUGGAUAAAUAUCUGAACCAUAUACGUUAUCAUAUACCAUAUUCUCUGUUAAAGAAAGCACUGGAUCUUGGAAACAUAGGUGCUUAAUAAGAGAGAUUGCACAGCUCUUUACAAUCUUGGUAGCAAGUUUAUUACUGCACUCCUAAGGCCUGCCAAAAGUAUGGUGGAUGGGUUGGCAAGAUUAGGACUUAAUAGAAUUCAACCAUACUGGGGAAUGAUUCCCUAAAGAGAUACUUGGUAAAGAAAAUCAAGUGACUAUUGGGGGCUAGGUCAUCUGUUGGGGUGCUUGACCCAAAAAUUGUUGAAUAUCAUUCUUCCAUACAAUAAAACUUCAUCAUUAUGGAUGAUAAAACUCUGUUAAAGAAUAGACUACUGAAACUGUUCUCAUCACCUGAACCAGAGUUCGUAUUGGCCUUGUCAUUGUAUUUUUAGAGCCUACGGUGCAAAAUCACACCUAAACAAUAUGAAUAAUAAGUUGAAAUACCAUAGCAUGUUUUUCUUAAGCAAGAAUGGAUCAAUAUCAAUAUUUGAUACAUUGAUGAGAUGUGGUCACAAGUGAAAUGUCAAAAGGACUUGGCUAUAUAAAUAUUAGAAUCAACAUAACAAUAAAUUGAAGCUCCUCUUGUGGAAGGUUGCUAGGUGAAAGAUGCACUGGUAUUUUUGAGAAAUGGAAACUUUCAUUAAAAGAAGGGAAGGAAAGAUGCACUGGUAUUACUUGAAUAGUUCCACAUGGAUAUCAUAUUAAUGUUGGAUGCUUUAAUUUAGUUGUAGAUGAUCAGAUGAUGUAUCAGAGUCAUGUCCUAUCUAGGUAUUGAAAGUGUCAGAUGAUUAACAAGUAAAAUUAAAGAGUAAUUUGUUCAUACGAUUGUAUGAAAUAAUAACCAUACAAAUAGAAAAUCUUUGAAGGAUAGGUUAUUUACAGUUUUACACAGCUCAAAGUUUCAACUAAAACCAACCAUGCUAUAUUUAGUUUGACAGUUUUAAAAUUUGAAUCCUAUCCAGAUAUUGGUAACAUUACAUCUUUUGUCUUCAUAAGCUUUAGAUUCAUAAUAAACAUUAUAACCAAGUCAAAGCUUGUUCUUCAAGGGUAUCUAGAAUAACAAUUUCAUGUAUCCUGUGAUUUCCCCACUCAUCUAUGCUCUUGCUUUAGGAGCAUUAUGUUUUUAUAAUGAUUACUUUUACCUCUAUCUCUAUCUCGGAUACCAAAAUACUCACAUAGGCAUAUCAUAUGUUUUGAGUCACUCAUACAUGGCUCUGAGUGAUCUUCCUCUAUCUUUCUUCAGGUUGUUGGAAAAAAGUAUGUAAGGCUUUAUCCUGCUUCGAUAUCAGAGGAUCUUUAUCCUUACAGUGAAUCUAUGCUUAGCAAUUCCAGCC